GGGAUUUUGUUUUUGUGUCCAACUACUUCCGGCUUGGCUGGGAAAGCACGCUUAAUAUUUUUAUUGAUGUUUUUAUAUCUAAAUCUUGAAUUAUGACACUGGAUUUUGUGUCCGAAGUUGACAGAAAGUUCUACUCCAACAACUUACUAACAAAUGAUGACUGGGAAAGUACAACGAUGGAUCUCAAUGAUUUACUGGGUAUGGAGAACUAUCCCAGUGAACUGAUGCCUGAUUUACCUGAUGAUUUUCCCAUGAAUAUAGAUGAUGUACAGACAGAUUUUCAUGAUACUUUACUACAAGAAUACAGUGACAGUUCUGACAGUGGAAUCAGCAGUAUCUUGCCAGAAAAUGUUUUAAAACAUGAACAGAGGUUAGACAGUUCACCUGACAUCAAACAUGAACCACUAUCACCAUCGUUUUCUUUCACAUCAGAAUCCUCUGAAUCACAGGUAUGCCUUGACGGAGUGAAGGACAGCCCACCACCAUCACCAUGUUAUUCACAGCCGUCACCACCAUAUUCUUCACAGUCAUCACCAUUACAGAACAUUGUCUACGUAGACGACAUCACACCAGAUCUUAGUAGUGCUAUAAACCCCGUUAUCAUUACACAACCUAAAUACAACACAAUACUAAACUCUAAAGUCAGAAUUAAACCAAAACCUGUAUCAGCAGUAAAUACUCAAACUGUCAAAAUCUCACAACCAAAACCACCAACAGCUCCGGUUCAGAAAACAGUUGUAAUAACACCAGAAGAGUUUAACAAACUGAAAGCAGAAGGAAUAUUAAAGUUCCCACAGCCUGCAGCCCAGCGUCCUGUCCAGAUUAUUUCAUCUACUACAGUAGCUAAUCCCACAGUACAAGUUGAUAAUGAGAUAAAAGCUAUAAAAAGACAGCAACGUAUGAUAAAAAAUAGAGAAUCAGCCAGCUUGUCAAGAAAGAGGAAAAAAGAGUACCUCACAGGUUUAGAAGACAAUUUACAUGAAUUUAAUGAAAUGAAUAGAAAGUUACAAGAAGAAAACGAGUUGUUGAAAAAGAAACUAAAGUCUCUGCAAGAUGAGAAUGAUCGAUUGAAGAAGUGUACUGGUGCAUCACCAGCUAAAAAGAUCUGUUUAAUGGCAGUGUUUGCAAUGCUCAGCUUGAAUUUGAUGUCAUUGAAUGACUUUAUUAUUAAGCCUAACUCUAAACCUGAACUAUCAGUUCACAAGGGGAGACAACUUAUGUCUGUACAAGAAGAAUACUCAGUCAGUAGUUUGGUGCCUGAUUUUUCAUGGACCGGACUGAAAAAAUUAAUGGAAGAUAAUCCGUUUGAAAGUUUAGAUAAUAAGACACUGUAUCAGAUGUACACCUGUCCAUCACUCUUCAAUAAGACAGAGUCUAUAAGAUUGGCAGAUCAGUUAUCAGGCUGGAUGCAGUCACAUGAACUCACUAAGAAGAAGUCAGCAAAUAAAGAAAAGAAAAAUUCAAAUAAAAAGAAAAAGAAUCUUACAACACUUCAAAAAGCUGUAAGAGGAAACUUUCAUCAACAGAGACCAAGUGAUACAAGACACUUUGAUCAUGGAUACCAAGUUAAAGUAUUUGAUGGAGGAGAUGGGAACAUCUGGAAGUCAAUACCAAGGAGAAAUGACACCUUUUAUGUUUUGUCAUUCAGUGAGGAUUAUUUCCUAGUGCCAGCAACAGCUCACAACAAAACAAUGCGACCAAGAAUGUCUUUUGUUAUGCCAGCAGUUGGUUUAAAUGAUACAAUGCAACCGCCUUCAGGAAAUGUCGGAAUGAUGCAGAUUGAUUGUGAGGUGUUGAACACGCAGUUAAUACACGUUCAUAAAUCUAGUUUACCACCUAAUCAAAGAAACACUACUUUCUACAGAGAGGAAUUUUAUCCUUGAUCAAAUGGCGAAAGAGUCAUUGUACCAGAUUUUAAAGAAGAGAAGAUGAUUGGAAAAUGAGUUGAAGUUCCUUUGAAACAGAGUUAAAGAACUGAAGAUUUUAGUUGUUUAAUAUAAACAAAGUGUCUUGGCAGCAAAUUUUUGAAUAACCUUGUUUAUUGUGGUCUUUAAAUUUCAAGAAAUGUUGUUUGUUCAAUGCAUACAUUUGUUUUGAAAAAGCAGGAAGAUAGAAUUGAGUUUUAUAUAAAUGUGUACAUAUUUAUUAGAUUCACAAUAUUAAUCAGGCAAUUAUAUAAAAAAUAGCUCUUUUUUAUGAAAUGUUGGUAUAAAUGAUGGUUAUAUCAAGUACGAUUCGCUGUGAAAAUUUCAAUAUGGUCAACAAAAAGAAGUUGUCCAAUUGUUUGGUCACUUCAAAUCAGGAGUAAGCUACCAUUUGUUUUGUCAGUUCAAAUCAGGAUUAAGCAACCAUCAUGUUUCAAACUUAAGCAAGAAAGAUUUUAAUCUGAAUUACCCUGUAAAUUGUGAGUGAAGUUUUUGUUUUGGUUUCAUCACUGUUGUUUUUUCAUUGACAAUUUUUAAUAACCCAUACAGAUAGUUCAGAGAUUUUACUUCUGAAAAUUUGUCAGAAUUUUAAAUCAAAAGCAUGACAGUGCACCAUUUUUAGAAAGUUUGUUCAAUUUUAACUCAAAUAUUCAUUACUGGAGAUUUAUUUCUUUUUUGUGGGUACCAAUUUCGAGAAUUAAAGAAGAAAAAUUGUGGACAUUUUAUUUUGUGGUUUUACACAUUCCAUUUAACAUUCCAGACAUAUUUUGAUGUAUCUAGUCAUGUUUUUGUGAUAUAUUGACAGAUGAACCUUUUUUUACUAAAAUAAUUAAGGUAGAAUCUUGUUCAGAAGAGAAUGGCAUCAGAUUUAUGUUUUUGAUCGUAAAUGAGGCCAACUUUAUACUUACACUUAUCAUAAAUGAUGUAAAAAAAAUAUUAUACUUGCCUCACAGUCCAUGUAAAAUGUACUUGAAUAUAUCAUUAUAGUCCAAUUUGCUUGUACUAUGUAUGUUCAAAAUCAAAUGAUGCCGUACAAAUUUCUUUAAAAAGAAAACAUAUUCCUUAAUAUCGAGAAGAAUAUUUCACAUAUUUUUUUGUUCUUAAGAGGUUGAAAGUUGAUAGACAUGUUCUCAAAUAUAAAUGAGACUAUGUAAAUGAUUUUAAUAGAUUUGUUUUCUAUGAAAGUUUAUGUAUGUUACUGAUGUUAUUUUACGUUAUGAUGCUGUCAUUUGUGUGUAUUUUAAAAUGGCAGUUUAUGGAUGAAAUUCUGGUAAGAUGUUUGUAUGUUGUUCAUAUUUAACUAGUGCUAAUCAUAUUCAUAACAAAUCAUAUUUCACAGAAAUCCCUAUACUUCAAAAUAUUACUCCAUAACUUACUUAAUAUUUGUCAUAAUAAUUUGUUUUCAUUAUUUUUCAUGUUCAAUGAAUAACUAUAUAAUUUAACCAGAACAUAAAUAUGGUUGUAAAUUUAUAAUUUCAAAAUCUAAAUAGGUCAAUCAUGAGCAGGGUUUUGUUUGUUUAUGUAAUACAAGCAUUUAAACCCUUAAUUAUUGAAGAUACAAUGUUAAAUAAAGAAUGAAUGCAUGUAGCAGACUGUAAUCGAUUACAUU